UACAAUCCAUGCGUCAUUGUUUACAACAAAAUGGCCAAGUAUUUCUUCCCCAAAAUUCAAACUGGAUAAAGGCGCUUUAAAUAACGAAAACGAAACUAACUACCGAACUGAAAAACACCGGACACCGACGUAACGUUAGUAGUUCUGUCGGAUUGACUUCAGGAUCACACUCGCAGCAUGGCAUUUCAAAUGUCAACUCUCUCUUCGCGUAUCAGAGCCAUAGGUCCAUUUUCCCGCUGUCGUAGUGGUGUCUUUCAUACUAGUGAUAUCGGUGUGUGCUCCAAAUUUAGAAACAUUUUUGGUGUUGCAAAUCGUCAGGUUUAUUCGCUGGUGCGAAGUGGGCAGAGUUCGGCGAACUCCAGCCCUGCAAAGUGCAAGGCCAUUCUGAAGUUUUCAACAACUACAGCUGCCGCGAAGUCGUUUGAGUCGUUUCAGGGGCAAAACAAGGCCUCGCGCUCCGGGGGAAAGUACGGUUCGUUGUAUCGGAUCGCCCUCGCCGCGCUUGGGGUGACCACCGCGGUCGUGUCCCUGCACUUUAGUGCCCAUCUCGCCAUGGCAACGGGAUUGGAGCGGCUAAACCUUGACUCAGCCAAAGGCGACUGGAACGAGGUGAAGGCUGCCUUGCUCCAUAUGAGUCAGGAGGAGAGAAGGAAGCACUACAGAACUACCUACCUGUCCCUGGAGGUGGUGCCUGUGUGGACCGCCAAGUCACUCACUGUGGACAGAGGUGAUUCAGUCAAGGCGACCAAAUUCAAGAGGAACGAAGCUCUGGACAAGAAGAUCUCGCUGUUCAGCGGCGACAUCACCAAACUGGAGAUUGAUGGGAUCGUCAAUGCAGCCAACAAGACUCUGCUGGGGGGAGGAGGAGUGGAUGGUGCAAUCCACCGCACGGCCGGCCCCCUCCUGAGGUCUGAGUGUGCUGAGCUUCAAGGGUGUGAGACAGGAGAGGCUAAGAUUACAGGGGGCUACGGCCUGCCUGCCAAGUAUGUGAUCCACACAGUGGGGCCCAUAGCGAUGGGGAAAGUGGGGGAGGAGGAGAGGAGCCGCCUCAGGGACUGCUACCAUCACAGCCUGCAGAAGGCCACCGAUACCAAGCUACGCACUGUGGCGUUCCCUUGCAUCUCCACUGGAAUCUACGGAUACCCACCUGAGCAGGCUGUGCACGUCGCGUUGGAGACUGUCAGGAAGUACCUGGAUGAACACCAUGAGAAGCUGGACAGAGUGAUCUUCUGUGUGUUCCUGCCCACUGAUAAGGAGCUGUACCUGAAAAACCUCCCUCUCUACUUCCCUUCCGCCUGCUGAUCAGAGCGCCCUGUUCGAACACAAGCUCACCUGUGAAGAGUAAACUCUGAAAAAGUGACAUGUGGAGUUGUGCAAUAAUGCGGCUCACCACAUGCAAUAUCCUCAUCUUCCUCCUCUUCCUUUCCCCCCACCGGCUCUGCACUAGAGAAGACCUGGGUACAUAUCUUAACACUGGAUGAAUGUCUAGAACUGAAUAAACUGCUUUAUUAUCAAUGAACCUCAGGCUUCUGACCAAACUCAUCUGACGAGCUGUUUGUACAUGUUUGAAUAAUGAGAUGCUGGGGGACUUUGUGUGUGUGAGAAUAGUAAACAAACAACAAUCUGACCAUCUGGGGACAUUUUGUUAGUCCCCACAUGGUCAAAUGCUACUUCUAGGGGGUUUAGGGUUAGGAGCUAGGGUUAGUUUUAGGGUUAGGAGCUAGGGGUAGUUUUAGGGUUAGGAGCUAGGGUUAGUUUUAGGGUUAGAAGCUAGGGGUAGUUUUAGGAGCUAGGUGUAGUUUUAGGGUUAGGAGCUAGGGGUUGUUUUAGGGUAAUGAGCUAGGGUUAGGAGCUAGGGGUAGUUUUAGGGUUAGGAGCUAGGGGUAGCUUUAGGGUUAGGAGCUAGGGGUAGCUUUAGGGUUAGGAGCUAGGGGUAGUUUUAGGGUUAGGAGCUAGGGGUAGUUUUAGGGUUAGGAGCUAGGGGUAGUUUUAGGGUUACGGUUAGGUUUUGGGAAAAUAGGUUUUUGAAUGAGACUGAAUUGUGUGUCCCCACAAUGUUAGCUGUACAAUAGUGUGUGUGGAGAAGAAGAAGCUAAUUAAAAGAGAUCAGAGGAUUACGUGUUGGCAUUUUGGGGGAUUGGAUUGGAUUCACUGAGUUUGUCAGGUGGGACCGCUCCCUGUGAGUUGUUUCGUCUUUAGUGUGCGUGUGUGUGCGUUUGAGUGUCUACAUUUGUGUGUCUGACUGAGUGCGACUGCCUACCUGAAAAUGUGUGUGUUGUCAUUCUCAGGCAGACCAGGUGGUGGUUUGUUUGAAAUGAAAUGACAGUUUGUUCCUGUCACCCCACCCUGUGCUCCCGCUUUCAUGUUUAGACAACUUUCUUUAUUGAUUUUCACAUUUUCACAACAGCACAAAAAUAAAUAAGCAAUGCUGACAAGAA